AUGACUGUGUCAGAUGUUAAUGCACAUCAGAGAAUUCACACAGGAGAGAAACCUUAUAAAUGUAAUGAAUGUGGGAAAUCCUUUUAUGAGAAAUCAUCCCUCACUCGGCAUGAGAGAACUCACACAGGGGAAAAGCCCUAUGAAUGUAAUGAAUGUAGGAGAACCUUCUGCCAGAAAUCAGCCCCCACUCAACAUCAGAGAACUCACACAGGAGAUAGACCUUUUUGAUGUAAUGUAUGUGGUAAAACUUACCGUCAUCUGUCAGCCAUUAAUGUACAUCAGAGAACUCACACAGGAGAGAAGCCCUUUCAGUGUCAUGAAUGUGAGAAAUCUUUUCUUACAAAGUCGACUCUUAUUAAUCAUCAGAGAACUCACACAGAAGAAAAACCCUUUGAAUGUAAUGAGUGUGGGAAGAGUUUUCAUCAUAAAUCUACCUUCACAACCCAUCUGAGAAUUCACUCAGGAGAGAAACCUUAUAAGUGCUGUGAAUGUGGAAAAACUUUUGGCCGGAAAUCAGCCCUUACUAAUCAUCGAGUAUUUCACCUAGGGCAGAAACUCUGUAGCAAAAACUUCCUGGGUUUUUCCUCAUACCCAUUUUUCUUUGUGGUUACCUACUAG